AUGCUCGUCUUCAGCCUGUUCAACCCAUAUUCUCUAAGUCUAGACAGCGACGGCCCAUUCCCUGUUUUGGGCCGUCUUUUAACUUCGAGAUGCAUGCCGAUCGAAGAUACGAAUAUCUCAAGCUUUGCAAACAAGACUGUGCUUAUUACAGGCGCAACUAGCGGUUGCGGGUUUCAUUGUGCGAAAGCGCUAUCUCGUGUAAACUGCCACUUGAUUUUGACGGCAAGGAACCGUGAAAAGGGAGAGGCAGCAUCGCGGGAGAUUGCUAGCAUGAAUCCUAGCUCCGGCGCCACCGUCGACUUUCUAGAAAUGGAUAUGACCAGUUAUACAUCAAUCUAUACAUUCAGGACAAAAUUGCAACAGUACUCCCAACUCGAUGUGGCGAUUUUGAAUGCGGGCAUGUAUUCCACUGACUUCAACCUAUGCCCAGAAACUGAGCUCGAAGAGACCCUACAGGUUAACUUUCUGAGCACCUGUUUGAUAUCUCUUCUUCUAAUUCCACUACUUCUGAAGUGUUCUCAACAGUCACGUCUUCUAUUUAUAUCUUCAGAAGCACAUGCUUGGGCAGCCCCACGACAAACUUCAUUUCAAGAUUUACAAACGCAGCUGAAUGAUCCCGCGGCAUAUGCAUGCUAUGAACGUUACCAUAUCAGCAAACUACUUCUUGUCCUAUGGACACAACGGCUAUCCUCACAAAUCGAUCCGGAGAAACUCCUUAUCGCAUCAGCAUCCCCUGGCUUCUGUCGCAGCGGAUUGUUUCGCCUCUUCAAUUUCCAUGCACUCGCCGCAUUUCUAGAGAAAUUGGUCUGUCGAACACCGGACAAAGGAGCGUCCCAAUACAUACUUGCAUUGGGCUGUAUGAGCAAAGAGACUCAUGGCGCUUUCUACUCCGAUAACAAGUUCAGAAGACCAGCCACCGCGACGGCUACAUAUUCUGCAGUCUCCCUGCGUAAUUCUCUGUGGGACGAUAUACAGAGACUCCUCCCGACGUGGAUUCAAGGCGUGGGACAAGAUAUUUUCGCCAUCUAG